AUGUAUCACAAGAUCACUGGUUUGGUUCCUUUAUUGAUAGCAUCAUUAUGGCUUAGUUCGACAAUUACCAUGCUAGAUUGUCGUGUCACUAAUUUAUUCCAUCCUCUGAGUAACGAAGAUGGAGAAGAAGGAAAGAAAUGGGCUGUGCUUGUUGCUGGUUCUAAGGGCUAUUUUAAUUAUAGGCACCAAGCUGAUAUUUGCCAUGCGUACCAAAUAAUGAAGAAUGGAGGCCUUAAAGAUGAAAAUAUCAUUGUUUUCAUGUAUGAUGACAUCGCUAAUAAUGAACUAAACCCAAGGCCUGGUGUUAUAAUCAAUCAUCCCAAUGGUUCAGAUGUUUAUAAAGGUGUCCCCAAGGAUUAUACUGGAAAUUACACAACUGCGGAAAACUUAUAUGCGGUGAUUAGCGGUAACCGGAGUGCAAUUACAGGGGGCAGUGGUAAGGUGGUGGAUAGUGGUCCGAACGACACCAUUUUUAUUUUCUAUGCUGACCAUGGUGGACCAGGAAUUGUCAGUAUGCCAGUUGGGGACGAUGUUGUGGCCUAUGAUUUUAUAGAUGUUUUGAAAAGGAAACAUGCUGCUAAUGCCUACAAAAAGAUGGUAAUAUACUUGGAAGCAUGCGAAUCUGGGAGCAUGUUCGAAGGGAUUCUUCCAGAAAACAUAAACAUAUAUGUAACCACCGCUUCCAAUGCAAAUGAGAGCAGCUGGGGUUGUUACUGCCCUGGAGAUCCCACCUAUCCUCCUCCUCCUCAGUUUCUAACUUGCCUGGGAGAUUCCUAUAGCGUUUUAUGGAUGGAGGACAGCGACGAAAGCGAUAGGACCAAAGAAACUUUACAACAACAAUAUGAAACCGUUCGUGAGAAAACAUUAUCUUGGGCAGGAAAAGGUUCUCAUGUGAUGCAAUAUGGAAACAAGAACUUCACAAAUGAUUAUCUAGUUACCUAUAUUGGUGCCACCGGCGUGAGUGAGACUUCAAAUGCAUAUUCCUCUUCUAUCCCAACACUACUUGUCAACCAACGAGAUGCACUUUUACUCUAUCUUACCCACAAGUUGGAAAAUGCUCCGGAUGGAUCUAGUGAGAAGGUGGAAGCUCAAAAAAUGUUAGUAAAUGAAAUAGCUGAGAGAGAGCAUGUAGACAAUGUUGUGAAGAAGAUUGGAGAUCUCUUGUUUGGUGAAGAUAAUAGUGCAACGUUGAUGGCAAGUUAUCGUCCAUCAGGCCAACCUCUUGUAGAUGAUUGGGACUGUUUUAAGAAUUAUAUAAAAAUUUAUGAAAGGUAUUGCGGUACCUUGUCAACAUAUGGAAAGAAAUACACAAGAGUUUUUGCUAACAUGUGCAAUGCUGGUAUUUCCGAAGAUAAAAUGGUUGCAGCUUCUUCUCAAGCUUGUCCCUAG